ACGGUCACCACCACGUUACCCAUCUCCAACAAUGACGAUGUCGAAGGCCGCGUGCUCGUUGUGGAGUUGGAUACCGUCUCCAUCAUCAACGUCUACUACCCGAAUGGUGGGCUUGGCGAUACGGAUCAGCAGCAACAGGCGCUCCUGACCAAGUGCGACAUGCACACCGCUCUUCUUCCGAUCGCUAAACGCGCCCAGCAAGCCCGCAAGCAUGUCGUCUUUGCUGGCGACUUCAACAUCGCUCAAGAAGAUCGCGAUAUCCAUCCGUCGGUCCUCCCGCUCAUGAAGACUGGCGUCACUGAUGCGGAGCGUACGCUGCUCAGCAAUCUUGCUUCCCACGACUUCGUCGAUACUUGGCGCUCAUGCCACCCCCACGACAUCAGCUUCACUACCUGGUGGAUCGGCAAGCACGCUCGCGCCAACAACAUCGGUUUGCGACUUGAUUACAUCUUCUUGGGCCUUCCACCGGAGUCCGGCUAUCCCCCACGCAUUUCAUGCACGAUCCUUGCCGAUCUCCAAGGUUCCGACCAUGUUCCGCUCCUGCUCAACGUC